UACUCUUAAAUACUAACUUCUAGGCCAAACACGUGUGCAUCACUAAAGCAAUAUCAUGUCGUUUUUUGUACAUCUCCAACCUAACUGAUCAUUCAGAAACACCAACAACUUUUUAGGACCGAUUAAUCACAAACCGGUGUGAUUACAAGAUCCACUGUCUUUGAUUUCAGUAUUUGAAGAAGGAAAGAGAAUGGUGUGUUUUUGUUUCUUGGUGGACCAGAAGAGGAAGGUGAAAGCAAGCAAACCAGCGGCGGGAAUGUGUUCUCGGUGCGGUCGUGGUGCAAGAAUCGCUGACAUGAAGACUUCAACGAGGUUUUGUCUAAUACCUAUUUAUUGCAGAUCUUGGAGAGCCAUCGUCUGCAGCUUUUGCGGCUCUGUUCUUAAAUCCUACCGUUGAUAUUGUGUUUACACCUUUUUUAUAUCCCUCUUUCCAGUUUUAAUGUCUGUUGGCCUGGUUUUUACAAUGGGCUUAUUCCGCCGUAUAAUGGUAAUUAGAUUUGAUCCACUCAA